AUGAAAAUGAUGAUAUUAAAGGAUUUUGCUUAAAUUUGGAAUUCAAAGAUUCCAGACCUUAGUUUUGUCUAAAAUGUGCAGCUGAUCCGAUUGAAGCAUGCUAGUUGUAAAAAAAACCUCAAAAGAUUUGGUUAGAUUAUAGGUUUCAUCUCUAAAACUAAAGAUAAUCUUCUUAAUUUAACAAAUUCAUUGAAUGGAUUCUACGCCUAAGUCAAAUAUAAAGUUAAAGAAAAAUUAAAAAAAAUUUUAAAUGAUAAACAAAUAAUUGAAAAGAAUAUUUGA